UAUAUCGACCCUGAAUUUCCUCCACCCAUUCUCCGAAGUGUAACGUUACGUGUUUGUCCCAACUGGUUAGGGAAAAAGGUGGUUUCAAGUCGGACCGUGGACCCCAAAGACGCUGCAAUUCUCCGCUGCAAUUCAACCUCCUCCCUCUUGUCUGGGGAUUCCAUAUGACGAUAAUUAUACACUAUGGUUGUUAGUCCGGAGAAUACUGACUAUGAAGCGGACACCUUUGAAGACGCCCGAGAUACAGCACAAGACAGCGAUAACCCAAGCUCCUCCAAGCCUCCUCGGUCUCUAACGGAUAGACGGCCUUCCAGCAGCUCUGCAAGGUCUCCUUCCACUCCCAUAGCGACAGAAGUCCCUCCGCUACCGGUACCGUCUUCCGAGGUCGAAGAAGAUGGGCAGAGCUCCGUUAUAACCUCACCCGUAUCACAAGUGGGAGAGGAUACACCUAGGAAACAGAGACGGCCAAAGUCACCGUUGCUGACUACCCACCGGCUGUCAUCUUCCUCCCUCGACGACGUUAACCUCUCAAAUUUAAAAGAGGACGAUGAUACCAACGGCACGGGACUCCCCCUGUCUCCUGACCAACACUCGGAUGUUCCUCCAACGCUUCCAUCUAAAGAUUCACCACCCAACCAAACCCGUCUACAAGGCCUAUCAGCUUCAGUCCCCUCUGUUCCUUGGGGUGCGCCGCCCGCGACAAAAGCUCUUCCUCCAGCUCCUCCAAAUGCUCCAGCUCCCCCGUCAAGAAAGCUCACCAGUCCGUUUUCCUGGCUUUCUAGAGGAAAUACAAAGGAUAGCAAGAACUCAUCGUCUACGAAUGGAGCUAGGAGGAAUACAGGAGCCUCUGUGUCUACAAUCAUGAGCAACUCAGAACAACUCGGGAGACUCCAUGAAGGAAGCGAUGGAGAAACCGGAAGUCUGGACUCCCGAGGCCAGGCACGGAAUAGUUUGAAAGAUCAAUUCAAGCUGCUGAGGCUGCAAGAUGAAGGUGUUCCUGUUGGAACCGAUGACCAGGCUAGCAUUGGGUCGGGGGAAGGGAAAGGAUCUCGCUCCUCUGUUGGCAUCCCAGGGUUAGACGCAAGCGAAGCUACUACUUCGGCUGCUCCCUUGCCGUCUCCGAUAGCAACGUCUCCGCUUCCCUCCACAGUCAACCCGGAACUACCUCCCGGAACGGUAUCCGGCUUUUCAGCAUCUGCUACAGAUGCCGCAGCGCCGGUCGACUGGGAGCUCUGGCAACAAGUUGUGAAUAAUGGUCCUGAAGCAUUAGCCGGGGAAAACUCGGAGAAAUUGAAUGCUGCGAUCAAACGAGGUAUACCGCAGACAAUUCGUGGUGUCAUAUGGCAGGUCCUUGCGGAUAGUAGGAAUCCUGAGCUAGAGCAUGUGUACCGGGAGCUUUGUGCACGCGGUACAGACAAGGAUCCGAGUCGGUCACUCAGCUCGACGUCCAUAAUAUCUAUCAACGGAAAUUCUGCCGGAAGCCCAAAGGAAAGGGAGUCCAUCUCCUCUUCCCGUUCCUCAAUACGCUCCGAUAGCUCUACCCAGGCUACCAGCUCCAUUCAUGGGACUGCUACUGGAUCUACGUCAGAAAAGGAUUCUGACUCAGUAGCAAAGGCAAAAGCUGCCCUAGAAGCUGAGCGUAAGAGACGGUCAAAAGAAGAUGCAGCUGCCUUGCAAAAGCUGGAGAAGCAAAUCCGCCGAGACCUCGGGUCCCGCACAAGCUAUUCGAAGUAUUUCAUGUCCCAACGCAAUCAGGAAGGAUUGUUCAAUAUUUGUAAAGCCUAUGCUCUAUACGAUUCAGGUGUUGGCUAUGCUCAAGGGAUGAACUUCAUUGCUAUGCCGCUCCUGUUUAAUAUGGAUGACGGUGAGGCAUUCACCCUUAUGGUAAAGCUUAUGAACAAGUAUGGGAUGCGAAACAUGUUCAUUCAGGACAUGCCGGGCCUCCAUCUCCACCUCUACCAAUUUGAGCGUCUGUUAGAAGACCUACAGCCUGCACUUGCUUGCCACCUGCAUCGACGAGGCGUUUCCCCAGGGCUCUACGCGACGCAGUGGUUUCUCACCCUCUUUGCUUAUCGUUUCCCGCUCCAACUCGUUCUUCGAAUAUACGAUCUGAUAUUCGAAGAGGGCCUCGAAAGCACCAUCUUACGAUUUGCUGUCGCCAUCAUGCAACGAAAUGUAGAAACACUUCUUGCUAUGAAUGAUAUGACCACCUUGACCAACUUUGUCAAGGAAAGACUUUUUGACGUAUACAUCGAUCAGCAGCCAACUCCUAGCUCGAUUCUAGAAUCUGGGUUCUUCGGCAGCUCAGGGGCAAAUGACAAGGAAAUCUACCGUGCAGAUAUCAUGGUGGAGGAUGCGUGUGCCAUUCCCCUGACACCUGAAAUGAUAAAGACUUACACAGAAGAGUGGGAACAGAAGACCCGUGCGGAGAAAGAGCUUGCGGAUGAGCUAGAGAACUAUAAACAUACCAUCGCUACUCAAGCCAGCCGAAUCCGCUCUUUGGAAGAGCAUGCAGAAAAAUCAGACAAGGAACACGUUCAGAUAGCAUCUAAGCUUGUUCGGGUCAAAGUCGAGAACGAAGAACUCAAAGAUAUGAAUGAGAGUAUGAAAGUUGAGGUAGUAGAACUCAAAGCCGUGAUAGACAAACAACCCGCAGAGCUUGAAGAGAAACUCCGGACCGAAAUGGACCGUAUAAUGCAGCGAAAUAUUGAGGUACAGAAUGAGAACCGGUCCAUGGAGGAGCAAAUGGCAGAGAUGGAGAAGGAUUUGGUCGAGACAAAGAUGAAAUGGGCAGAGGUACGUAUCCUAUACUCUUUCCACGCGGGUUCCUGCGAGAGAGAAAAAAAAGCAAAAGAAGAGAAAAAGAAAAGAAGGAGGAAAAAAGAACAAAUUCCCUUGGACCGUUAA